CAGAGAACGCCACGACUGUUGCUCGGUGUGCUCGGCUCUAAGACGGCUGCGCCCUCGGUCUGUUUGUUGGAUUUAAACUUACCGUUCAGUUUCAGCGUUAUUAAUAACUCAUCCAGUAACUCACCGGGAACAUGAACGGCAAGUCAGCGAACGGUACGGCGGGGGGGAUGGCCUGCAUCGAGGGUCUGCCGCCGCUGCCGAAGAGCCUGAGCGGGCUGCUGAACUCGAGCGGCGGCUCGUGGAGAGAAAUGGAGAGGAUGUACGUGAAGAAAACCAUGAUCCAGGACGACCUGAGCCGAGGCAGGAACACCGACAGCCUGCUGGCCAGCAAGCCGGCCAACCUGGACGCUGCCCUCGCUCUCCUGCGGAAAGAAAUGCUUCCUUUUCCUGAGGCGUCGUUAAUGUGUGCACUGCGCCCCCUGCAGGUGGGUCUGCGUCAGCAGGACAUGUCUCUGCUGUGCCAGCUCUGGUCCCUGCAUGAGUCCAUCCAGGAGUACAAGGGCAGCUGCCACGACCUGAGCGCCGCCUCCAGCCUCAGCAUGAUGGAGAACGGCUACUUCGACGAGGACGACGAGUUCUACGCCGAGCCCGGGGCCACGCCCACCGGCGACCUCCCGGGCGCCGGGGGGGUCGCCGACGGCAACGCCUCGUCGGCGGCGGCCAAAAACGGCAAGGAGGACAGCUGGGAGUCCUUCAACGUCGCCGUCUGAGGCCUGGAUCUGCGCGGGUUCUGCUGCGGGCGGGCCCGGGUUUUUAGGGGGCGGAGCUAAGCUGUGAGAAGGGAGUGGCUGGUUGCCGACGGCAUCGGACUGCCAAAGAGGAAACCUGUCCGACCGAGCGCAGAGCUGAGAUCACCUGGGCUCACCUGGACUCACCUGGGCUCACCUGGACUCCUUCACUCUGCUGCCAGUCACUCUUACUUUCCUUUUCUUUUUUUACAUGAUCAAAAUAUAUGAACAAAGUUUUAUUAUUUAUUACAUAAUAUAAAUAACAAAGUAUUCUUUUUUUUUUUAAUUAUUAUUCUUUUUGCUCUCUUUGGAAGUUUUGUACAAAAGGUACAAGCAGAAAAGUUGGACUUCAAACCUGAAAUGUGGGAUUUUUUUUUUAUUUUAAAGGCAUUUGCGACUCUUCAGGACCAGGAAGAGGAACUUUAAAUCGGUGAAAUGUUUUUCAGGUGAGAUCCUCCUUCCAGUAAACGGAGCAGAUCUGGUUUCCUGCGCAGGGAGGAUUCGUGCAACGUUUUAUGGUCAGUGUAGCGUCCGUUCUCUGCGGUUACAACCAGCGUUUACUGAGCAGAACUUCACUCAAAACUUUAAAAGAAAAUCUGUAAUCAUGUUUCUGUUUUGCACCUUCAAGCUGCAAUGUUUGGAUAUUCCUCAAAUGUGAUGUUUGGAGGGAAAUCAGAGCAGAAUUAGCAGAAAUUAACCUUUCUUUGUGGCCUUGCUGUCUGAACAGCUGCAUUGUUUUUCACAUAUCCACAUCAAGCUGAACGUCUUUUUCAUCCUGGAGCUGAGGGAAAAGUUUCGGGCUGGGCGACGAAUCCAUUUGAUCAUUUUUGAGGAUUUAAUUCUUGGAAAAUUCUGGCUUUUUUUCAUCAGGUUUCCAUAAUUCAGAGUGAUAUCCGGGCGGCCAUCUUUGCUUGACAAGUUUGUUUACAAAUUAUAUUUAUUUCUACUUUGAAUUUAGUUCAAUUAUGUGAUAAAAUAUUAGGAUCAAUUUAUUUGUUUUUAAUUAAACAAGUCGUAUAGUUGGAAAUAAUAAAAAAAUAAAGUCGCAUUUUUAUGAGAAAUUUAAAUAAAGAUGAGCAUUUUGUGAACUUAUAAAUUAGUAACAGCAGCAGGACUUUGAAACAAUCAAAUCCUGGUGGCUCUGAAGCUUUUUCCUCAUUAAGACAACUGUUUAAAUCAUUUUAAGAUAAAAUUGCUUCCUUUUUUUUCUAACAUAAUUACAUUCUCAUAGAUAAAGAAACAUUUCUAAACACCUCAGAAACUGGAUAAUUGAACAUUUCUGUAAAUGAGCAAAACAACAAAAUUGAAUGAAAUUGAAUCUGGGAUGAAAAAAGUUUGAUUUGAUCUUUGAUCCGACUCGCCCAGCUCUCAGACUUUAUAUUUAAAAAGUUUCAUUUAUGGGGAAUUUCUGCAACUCUGCCUCAUUUCAGACGUAAAUGUUUGUCGACGAACACAUUCUGGACUGAUUCGCCCGGUCUUCCUUCAUCUGUAGCGAGAAACAUCGCAGUUCUUCCAGGUCAGGCGGCCAUUUUGUUUUCUGAUGGCGGUCCUGCUGAAUGAAUGAUCUCAUCUAAAGAAUGUUUUUAAAGUUACUCUGCAGUUUUCUCUUCACAAACACUAAAUUUAUCACUAUAUAGUCAGAAAUAAGAUUUACUAAAUCAUAUUUUUGUUUUUUUUUGUUUUUUUAUGGCUGCUGGUCAUUUCACCUCAAAGCCGUUUCAUAUCCUGUCAGUUUUUGUCAUUUCAUGCUGGAAAAUGGCUGCCGGUCACUUCAUAUCAAGUCAUUUUUCAUUUAUUUACCUGCAAAGGAGUUUUAUCAACUCCAAUCAAUAAUUUCAGAACAUUUUAGCAUUUUAAAUCUGUCUUUCUUAUCCUCAUGUUAGAAAACAAACUUCAAAAUGGCGGCCACUUCUUAAAAUCUCAAUUUUCUUGAGCUUCUGCAAAAAUCUAAAUGUUUCAUGGUGUAAUAAACUGAAUGUUUGGUUUAUUUGAUUGUUUUUGUACCAACAAUCUGAAUUUUCUUUGGAUUUAGCCCAUCAGAUGUUGUGUUUCUGUUGGAUGUCAUCACAUUUAGUGCCUUUGUAAAGCAGCAGCUUCCUGUUUAAGACGGAUGGAAAGUGAACCGCUGGUUAUCUGGAUUGUAUGAUGGAGAAUCGCCACAACUUUUUUUGUUUUGUUUUGUUUUUAUUUCCGGUCUCAGAAUGACGUCAAAGAAGUUUAUGAUAAAUUUAGUCAAAAUGUAAGUAUUGAGAAAAUUGGCAAUAUUUCAUAAUUAAUACCAUAAAUUUCUCAGAGUGGCUGGUUUACUUUAUCUGAAUGAAAAUGUAUUUUUAAAACAUUUUCUUGUCUUUUACCUUUAUUUUUUAAGAUUUAGAUUAUUUUUUCUAUAUAUUUUUCAACUUAUCCUUUACAUUUGAAAUUUUCUCUUGAUAUUUUCUUUUUUUUUACAUUUAAAUAAUUGUUUUUAUGUUUUGCCAAUACUUUUGUUUUCUCAAUGUAUUGGAUUUUUCUCUCUACAGUCUUUUUUUUUUUUUACACUUUUUAGAAAUAUUUUUUUCCUUUUUUUCCCCUUCGUUUAAACAUUUUUUCAGUUUUCCUUCACAUUCUGAAUGCUUUUCCUACACUUAGACUUUUCUACCAACUCUCUUCUCAUCUCUUUUUGCUCUAAUCAACACAGAAAUGUGACCAUAAGACUCCAUCACAGUGAUUGUUUGGUCUGUAUUUUGGGAUUUAAAGCUGCUCCAUGUAGAAUUAAAAAGAAGUCCAACAAAUUAAAAUUAAAAUAGAUUUUUUUUGUUUUUAUUUGAGGUGAUCCUACUGCUAAAAAGGUAGAUUGUAGCUCAACUAUAACAGGAUAAAUAGAUUCAAAUGUUAGUUUUCUGAACAUCUAAAACCUGAAACAGACAUUUAAAACAGAUUUUAAUCCUCUUCAUGUAGCAGCUUUAACUAGUCGUGGUCUCGUCAUGCAGACAGGAAGCUGAUCUGUUCACGUCUCACUUCGGGUCAUUUGAGGGUAUUUAUUGCGCUCCAACGCUGUACAAAUGAAUCACAAACUGAACACCAGCUUGCUCCUCUAACAGCUGAAAGAUUUCCCUUUUUUUAAAUAAUUAAUGGAUGUUGAUAUUGGAAAUGUUUCCUCAGGGUUUUCAGAUGCCUGGGUAAAAAUGUAACGACACCCACACAGAAUGGAUUUGUUUUUGAAUGUUACAUGCGUCAUAAUAAAGAAGCAAAAGCCUUAUUGUUAUUCUUCACUUGCUAAUUUGGACCAAAGUGGACUCCGUUGACCAGAAUGCAAUGCGGCCGCCGACGUGUAGAAACUGAAGUGAAAGGUACUUUUUCAACAUUUGUUUCAUGCAAAAAACAGAAAAAACAUAAUAUUUUUACCACAUUGGUGUCCAAAUGUCUUCCCUGGUAAAUUUAAACUACAAACUUCAUUAAAUUAAAAAUACAAAAUUAAUUAUUUUGGAUUUUGUUGUUUUUAUUCAACAAUAAAUCUGUUUAUUGUUAAAGAUCCAAAUCACAAAAGGGGCUUUGGAUUAAAACAAAAAUGUACAAUUCCCUCAUUUUUGGGAUCAUUAAUUGUUUUCUACUCUAUUAAAUUUUUUGUAAUUUUUUUUUUACCACUCUUGACUUGUGGUUAAAAUCCUUGUAAGGGCCAUAAUUGGCCCCUGGGCCACACUUUGGACACCGCUGGGCUACUACUGGCUUAAAUCUGUUGAGAUAAAUCAAUGGUGCAAACUGGAAUGUGAAAGUUCUGUUUAUUCCUCUGGUUCUGUUACUUGGACUGUCAGUUAUACUUACUGUACUCACAUUUAAUAAAGUCAUUCCAUGGUUUUCA